AGCUAGGAAAGCCACACCAGGUUUGUAGAGAGGUCUUGAUUUCAGCAAUUUUAUUUUCUAUUAACUGAUUCGUUUUUCGCCUUUGGCAUCGUGCGUGCGAUGCGGGAAUCAGUGGCAUCAGUGGCAGCAGUGGAGUGGGUGGAGGACGAGUGGUGUGCAGCACCGGGCGAGUCAUCCCCGUCAGUCGCCGCCCCUGCACCCGCCACUUCGCCGCGUUCCACCAACGGCCCGCCCAAGCGACUCAACUCUCUCGCUUCCUCGUUUCUUCCCGCCGCCAUCUUCGCGCGCACCUCGCCGCCUGCAGCCGCGCGCCUCCUCGCCCGUGCGGCUCCGGCGGAUGGCGGUGACGAUGACGGCGAGGAGUGCGACGGUGAGGGCGGGCGGUACGCGGCGUGGGAGGAGGACGGGGAGGGAGGGGAGGAGGGGGGCGAGAGGCAUGGCGGGUUCGCGGAAGGCGGCGUGGGGUCGGCGCUGCUUUCGUGGGGUCGGAAUCUCUUCCACCGCCCUCCGCCCGCUUCUCUCUCGCCGCCCUCCACGCUGCUCCAGCCGCUCGCGCCUGUCGACCCGCGGGUUCCCUCUGCCUUCCGCCACCAUGCCGCCACCACCACCGUCGGCGGCAGCACCAGCAGCGGCGCGGACGCCGCCCAAUCUCUCGCCGGCAAGCUCUGGGGGGUGUUGGCUCCGCGCUCGACGCACGCGCAACUGCUCGGUGACGUCAGUGGCUGUGGUGCCAACGGCAUCACGCCUCACCACAGUUUACGGGGAGCAGCGCGCCAAGCUGCGCCGGACGGUGCCCGCAGCACGGCGACGGGGGGGCUGCGGUCGAGUCUGCGCGCUCUGCUCCCGCGCAAGCUUUCAGCGCGCCAGGAGGAGUCAGGGGGAGGGGCAACUGGUCCGCAGUGGGGGGAGCGGUGAGCUCGCUGGGCGGGCUGGGC